AUGAACCCGCAAUCGUCAAGGCAUCUGUCCACGUCGGCCAGAGUGCAUCCUCGGAUCCUGCCCUACCUGCAUCCCAAGCCAGUCCCGGGCCCUGCAAAGAAGUGGCUCCCAGCGCUUGCAGGUGUCGCAGCUGUCGGCUAUGGUAUCGUGUCCUACCAAGAAUCACAUCGGCAAUACGCCGCUGCCCAGAACGCCUUGUUCGAGCUCGAGGAGACGGAGCGGCAACGGCAGAACAAGAUGCUCAUGGACGCCUACGGUGAUCGAUCGAACCUCGAGGAGCUCGAGAAAGCUAUGCAGCUCUACGACUCACAACACAAGGAUCAUUAG